AUGGAGGACGACUUCCUCUCCCACUUACCCCCAUCCCUGCCGGGAGACUCCGAGUCUCUGAGCCCAAACUCCACGGAGGAGCCCGGCUGGUGGGCGUCCUCUGACGGCGGGGAGACGGUCCACUUCGCCGUGCGCUGCGUCAUGACCUCGGUCUACAUCCUGAUCAUCACCGUGGGGCUGCUGGGCAACAUCACCCUGGUGAAGAUCUUCAUCACCAACAGCGCCAUGCGGAGCGUGCCCAACAUCUUCAUCUCCAGCCUGGCGGCGGGAGACCUGCUGCUGCUGGUCACCUGCGUGCCGGUGGAUGCCUUCCGCUACUUCUCCGAGGAGUGGGUGUUCGGCGAGGCGGCGUGCAAACUCAUCCCCGUCAUCCAGCUCACAUCGGUCGGCGUGUCCGUGUUCACGCUCACGGCGCUCAGCGCGGACAGGUAUAAGGCAAUCGUGAACCCGAUGGACAUCCAGACGUCCAGCGCUGUCUUCUGGACCUGUCUGAAGGCUGUUUCUAUCUGGCUGCUGUCCGUGCUGCUGGCUGUUCCUGAGGCCAUUUUCUCUCAGGUCGUCCCCAUGCAGGGUCACAGGGACAACACUAACGUCACCUUGGUGAACUGCGUGCCCUACCCGCUGUCCAAUCAGAUGCAUCCUAAGAUCCACUCAGUGAUGAUCUUCCUGGUUUACUUCCUGAUCCCUCUGACCAUCAUCUCGGUGUAUUAUUACCACAUCGCCCGCACGCUCAUCAAGAGCGCCCACGACAUGCCGGGAGAGGUCAGCGAACACACCAAGAGACAGAUGGAGACGAGGAAGCGUCUGGCCAAGAUCGUGUUGGUGUUCGUGGGUCUCUUCGCUCUGUGCUGGUUCCCCAACCACGUUCUUUACAUGUACCGCUCCUUCCACUACCAUCAGACGGAUCUGUCAUUGGCUCACCUCAUCAUCACCCUGCUGGCCCGAGUCCUCAGCUUCUCCUCAUCCUGCGUCAACCCCUUCGCCCUCUACCUGCUCAGUGAGAGCUUCCGCAGGCAUUUCAACAGUCAGCUGCGAUGUGGUCGAGGUCCUCGCCCCGAGCGCCAGGCCAGCUACCUGCAUAGCACCUCCCACAUCCGCCUCACCUCCAUCAAGAAGACCACGCCCACUGCAGCCGUCAUUGCACCAGCAGCCAAUGGCAACUCCAACAGACAAGAGGUGGCUCUGUGAAAUGUGAGGCUGCGUGAUUUUCAGCUUCAUGUCAUCACAGGAGUUC